AUGGCGUUAUGGAUGGAAGCUGGGUCAGAACCCCUGACAGAGAACGAAAAGGCUGACCUCGAAGCUAUCUCUGCUCUCAAAGAAUCCGCCGCCAUCGAAUUCAAAGAACAAGGAAACGAGUGUGUGAAGAAAGGGAAGAAGCAUUACUCAGAAGCUGUGGAGAACUACACGAAAGCUAUUGAUCAAAGAGCUUUAAGUGACUCAGAGACUUCAAUCUUGUUCUCUAAUCGAGCUCAUGUUAAUUUACUAUUAGGAAACUAUCGUCGUGCUCUUACUGAUGCUGAGGAAGCUCUCAAGCUAGGCCCUGAUAACGUUAAGGCGGUGUAUCGAGCUGCAAAGGCGUCAAUGUCAUUGGACUUGCUGAGUGAAGCUAUAUCUUAUUGCGAGAAGGGGAUCAAGAGUGAUCCGAGUAAUGAGGAUAUGAAGAAGCUGCUAAAGCAAGUGACUUUGAAGAAGAAAGAGAAAGAAGAACAUGAAGCUGAAGUCUCAAGAGCUGUAGUGGAAGCUAAGGCUUGUCUCUCUGUUUUUGAAAACAGAGGAGUUAAGAUUGGGAAAGCAAUGUAUCGGGAACUCACGGGUUUGAAGAAGCCAGUGUUGGAUCAGAGCAACAUUUUGCAUUGGCCUAUCCUGCUUCUUUAUGCAGAGGCUAUGACAAGUGACUUUGUUGAGGACUUUUGUGAAACUGACAUUUUCUUGUUCCUCCUUAGCGCUGUGAACAUGUUUUCAGAUGAUAGCCCACCGUUGCCAUGGGAUACAAACCAUGAGUACACGCGUGAAGCAAUCGAGCUUUACUACGAGGCGAAUUCGGGAACUCCAUUGCCUAGGAGUAGAGUUCUACAGUAUCUGCUAGAAGGUACUAAAGGCUCUCAAGCCGAAACCACUGGAGAUGAGGACACAAGCUUAACUAAAACACCUUACAACGUGAAAGGAAAGGGGCCGUCUGGUAUGGUUAAAGUGAACGAGAGAAGAACAUUACAUGACGUGUUGAAAGAAUCUAACUUCGUCAUCCCUGAGAUUCCAGUGUUCUACAUUGUAUCGAAGAGGUCCAAGUUCUACAAGGACUUUGCCGCCGGUAAAUGGAGUCCGCCAUGUUGA